AUGCCAGUCCACAAACGGAAGGCCCCUCUUCUACUCAAUUUCAUUCCUACCUACAAGUCAACUCUCCCUAACGUUCCCAAGAAGAAGAAGAAAAGCCUUUCUUCGCCUUCUGCUACAACUCCUCAAUCUGCUUCCUCAUCUCGGCCAGAUCAAGGAUCAACUUCUGACCCAGCAGAUCAGCCGUCAACCUUGGCUCCAUAUCUGAUCUCGUCAUCUCAACACCAACGUCGACGACGAACGAUUUUUGCUGCUGAAAUGGGCCGUCAAAAAACAGUCGCCAAGGAUCUUUUGGCCAACAUUCCAUCCUCUGUUGAUGCUCAACCAGCCCCAACCCAACCUCCAAAGCCAAAGCAGAAAAGGAUAAAGAAGGCUCAGCCAAAGGCCCCCCAAAUCACAUUGGAAGAUAAGCCAGUUAAGGCUAGCGACAGUGCCAACGACAUUAAUGUCGCCGUCGCCCAUAGUACUGUUCUGCUCCUUCCCGGCGAUCUUGACCGAAACGCUGAGAUGAGCGAAUAUGAGAACUAUGCUCUGAUGCUCCAGCAUUCUGUUCAGGCCGAGGCUGCCAUCAAAGCUCAAAACGAUGCCGAAGAAAAGGCGAAUUCUGCUGAGGCCAUGAAGAAGUUGCUUGAGGCCGAAAAGAAGGAUGUCGAGGAGAAAAUGGCCCAGGCCCAAAAAGAAUUGCAAGAGGCCUUGGCCACGAAGGACGCCGAGCUCAAGGCAGCCGAUGAGAAGGGCUACAAUGAGGGGGUGGCCGAUGUCACGACUGACUAUGAAAAGCAGGUGAAGCAGGGUGAGGAGGUUCCUAAAGAUGCUACAGCUGGAAAGACAUCAGCCGACGUGACCCUUGCCGACAGGAGCAUUGAUGAAACACUUCAAGAAAUUGAUGCCGAACUUGCGGGGGAAAAGGCUGCCGAGGUAUCUUCCCAACAGUCGUCCGAACUUCAGACCCAACCAUCUGUUGUUACCAAAGAGUCUUUACUUUGA